GAGGCAGGGGACUGGCCACGGAGGACAGCGGGGCAGGAAGGAGAGGCCCUGCGCGGAGAAGGCGGGACGCGCGGGCUGACCCGGCGGCUUGGGCUGGGGCGCCGCCCCUGCGUCUUUGCGCACACCCGGAAGCCGCGCGCAGCGGAGCCCGGCGAGUGUGCGGCGGCCAGGAGGCAAGAUGGCAGCGGGGCAGAAUGGGCACGAAGAGUGGGUGGGCAGUGCAUACCUGUUUCUGGAGUCUUCCCUGGACAAGGUGGUUCUGUCUGAAGCCUACACAGAUCCCCAGAAGAAGGCGGCAAUAUACAAGGCGCUGCAGACUGCGUUGUCAGAGAGUGCGGACAGCCCUGAUGUACUGCAGAUACUCAAGAUCCAUUGCAGCGACCCGCAGCUCGUCGUGCAAUUGCGGUUCUCCGGGCGCCUGCUGUGCGGCCGGUUCCUUCAAGCUUACCGCGAGGGGGCGCUGCGCACCGCGCUGCAGAGGUGCAUGGCCCCGGCACUUGCCCAGGAAGUGGUGCGGCUGGAACUGGAGUUGCGUGCUGGGGCAGAACAGCUGGACCCUUUGCUGACCGACGAGGAGCGGUGUUUAAAUUACAUUUUAGCCCAGAAGCCCGACCGGCUCCGGGAUGAGGAACUGGUAGAAUUGGAGGAUGAGUUCCGCAAGCUGACGUGCGACCGCACUGACUCGAGUGAAGCCAUACAGGUUGACUCAGCCGCUUCGAAGUCCCCAGUUCCUUCUCUGGCCGAGGAGAAGUCACUACCGGCGGCCUGCCAUACUUUUCUGUUCCAUGGUCAGCCCGUAGUGAACCGGCCACUGAAUCUGCAAGACCAGCAGACGUUCGCGCGCUCAGUGGGUCUCAAAUGGCGCAGGGUGGGGCGCUCGCUGCAGAGUAGCUGUCGAGCACUGAGGGAUCCUGCCCUCGACGCGCUGGCCUAUGAGUACGAGCGAGAUGGGCUAUACGAGCAGGCCUUCCAGCUGCUGAGCCGCUUCAUACAAGCCGAGGGCCGUCGUGCUACGCUGCAGCGCCUGGUGGAGGCGCUGGAGGAGAACGAGCUCACCAGUCUUGCAGAGGAUCUGCUAGGCUUGGCCUAGGUCUGGUACAGUGGGAAGGGCAGUCAAUCAGCAGUUCAGCCAGGGUUUGGACUCCACCGGUGGCUAUUGAGGUCUUUUUACUGCUGCUGUUGCUAUUGCUGACUACUUCCCAUCCACUGGACUCGGAGAGCAUACGAACCCCCCCCCCCCGACCCC